AUGCUUCGUUUACAGCGACAGAAGGGCUGUACGCUUUCCUCCUGACUGCAGCCGUACCAGCCCACUUAUCACGAACACAGUACAUUGGAAACCUUUUUGACAUUUUUAAACGUAGAACAGUGCUUUUGGAUACCACCAACCACUCUGCAGAUGCAGGCCAUCAAAUGCGUAGUUGUUGGCGAUGGAGCGGUGGGUAAGACAUGUCUUCUCAUCAGCUACACCACCAACGCCUUCCCUGGGGAGUACAUCCCCACAGUGUUUGAUAACUACUCUGCUAAUGUGAUGGUGGACGGGAAACCGGUCAACCUGGGUCUCUGGGACACGGCUGGACAGGAAGACUACGACAGACUCAGGCCACUGUCUUACCCACAGACGGAUGUGUUCCUAAUCUGUUUUUCUCUGGUGAGCCCUGCAUCGUUUGAAAACGUCAGAGCUAAGUGGUACCCCGAGGUGCGCCACCACUGCCCCAAUACGCCCAUCAUCCUGGUGGGCACCAAGCUGGACCUGAGGGACGACAAGGACACCAUCGAGAGGCUGAGGGAUAAGAAGCUGUCCCCCAUCACUUACCCCCAGGGCCUGGCCAUGGCCAAGGAGAUCGGGUCAGUGAAGUACCUGGAGUGCUCCGCCCUCACUCAGAGAGGACUGAAGACCGUCUUCGACGAGGCCAUUCGCGCCGUGCUCUGUCCUCCGCCCGUCAAAAAGAAGUGCAAAAGAUGCACCGUCUUCUGAGACGUUCCGGAAAGAUUCUCCAGCCUGGAUAAGGAUCACUGUUGUCACUCACGCUUAUGGGGUGGGGGACUAGUAAGUGCUUGAAACGCUGAUACACUGUCUGUCAGCAUGGAAAAGGUUCACUAUGGCCAUAUGCAACGCCCCCUCAGUCACUGGUUAGGAGAAACCCUAAUACCGAAGUGAGGUGGUCCGAUAAAGAUAGACAGUGAACCCAACUUUGGGUAUUUCUGAUUAUAAUGUGUGACCUGUGCCUUAAAUCAAUUGGAUGGAUAUACAGGGCCAGUGUCUCUAAUGAUGAAGUGAAAAAGACGAAAUUCCAAUUUCUAUUUGGAUGAGAGACAUAGUUAUGGCAAUUGUUUUUUUUGCUGAACCUUUCUCUUGAAAAAAACACAACUAAUUCCCUAAUCUAUUUUAAGCUUUUUUGCGAGCUGGUGACUUUGUUGUGUGAUGUAGCUUGCUUUUUUUUUAGCAGGUAUAUUCUCUUUUCUCAGAACUUCAAAGAGUUUGUGUGUUUGUAAAGCUUUGAGAGUGUGUGAACAUGUAUUGUGGAUAGCUUCUGUUUGUCCGAACACUGUAGAAUGUAAAACACUUAAAACGUUUAAUGGAUUCCAGCCAAUACAAUUGCAUUUUCUUUACCAUUGUGAAAGAUUGCGUGACUUGUUUUGGAAUGCAUGCCCCGCACACAUUUCUAUUUUCAGUUCCUAUAAGUGGCCUCAAGAGAAAGUAUUUGCUCUGUCCAUAACUAAUAUGUGUUGCUUUUUGAUAUAAAGUACAGUACAUGCUUUCUCAGUUUGUUCAUCAUUUUAUCAUCAAUUUGGCCAGAUCAAAAGGCAGUUGUUGAUGAGGUCGGCAGCUUUUUGAACAAUCCUCUUUGUCAGACGUGCAUGUGUUUGCUCAUAGACUUGAGAAACCACUGAGUAACUCUACAAUGGCAGUUUUGACAUAGAUCCUGUUUUGCCUUUUUUGCCUUGCACUAAAUUAGAAUCUCUUUACAGCUUCAUUUGAUGCACACUGGAGGGAAAAGGUUGACAGUGUGCCUGUGAGGAACUAGCAUGCCAAAACGUGAGCUUCUGGAAAUCAAACACGUAACCUAGCUCGCUUAAAAGUAUAUGGUCUUGAGGAUUCCUCCUGAGUAUUAUUUUGUGCUGCCUCUGUCUGUGAGAGAGAGGCUGUACAACAGCUUUUCUUGAUUUCAGUAACCAGCAUUUUGAUUCUCUAGUAUUUCAUCUGUGGUAAUAUAUUGAAUUGUGAAGAGAAACUUGAAAAGAAUCAAAAAGGACAUUUAAUUAUGUUUCAAAGUGUGUCUUGACAAAAUAAACUCCUUAAUAAAC